AUGUGUGUUUUCCCAGGCAGAGGGUCCCUCUCCCCAGCACUCCCCUGCGUCUCCCAGGCCUCAGGCCCAGCACUCAAUUCCUCCUCACACAGCAGGUGGGAGCAGCCUCCCGGACAGACAGACGGAUGGGAGAUUGACAGAGCUGAGGGCACGUACAAACCCUGAGAGAGGACUCAGCCCUCCCUGCCCCAGAGAUGCUGAGCUAGGGGGCGGGGCCAUGCAUGUUUGACCAAAGCCCUCCUCAGGAUCUGAGGACAGUCUUUCCCUCAGUCCUGAGAUCAUUGCUCAUCUGUGCCAAACUGGGUAGGUGGGAUUGAGGGGGAAAGACCCCCAAAAUGUGCCAAGGAUUCCCCAGUCCCAAGCCCGAGCAGGAGAAAUGGUGGGGAGGAGGAGCAGCAGCAAAGGGGGCUCCUGCCUGUGUCUCUUCUCUCCUCACCAGGUCAUGUCCCCUCUCUGUCUCAGUUCCCCAUUCUCCUCCAUCGCUGUCCCUCUUUGAAGCUGUCCACAUCUCAGUGUCAGACCAGCCUUCUCCCCUCAGCUGACCCCUCCCAAUUUUGACCUGUCUCCCCUUGGCUGAAGGGAUGGGAAGGAGCAGUGGAGGCUGGAGGGGAGGCAGCGGGAGAAAGGUCUCGCCAGACAGGCUGGGGAGAAUGAGGUCAGCUGUGCCGAGGAACAGAUGGAGGGGACAGGAGGGGAUGGGGCUUGGGCACACACCAGCAGGAGGAAUUGAAAGGAAAAGUGUGAGGUGACUGCCCAGAGGUCCCUGGGUGUGAGCCUCUGGGGAAAAGAAUGAUGUCAGGAAGGGUUUUAAGGGACGCCAGUGGAGGAGGGAUGAAUUCUCUGCUGGCACGUUGUGGGACAUUAGUGCCAAACUUGAGUAGGGGUGGGGUGCUGUCUUCCACUGACACCCAAAUCCAAAAUCCCUGGUCUUGAGUCCCUAGAAACUUUGCCUCUUGACUGUCCCUUCUCCUCCUACCUCCAUCCAUGGAAAUUUUGUUCUUUUCUGACCCUUUCCCCUGCCUGGUCUAGCUCCUGUCCAAACAGCCAUGCCCUCCAAAUGCUAGAGACCUGGGCCCUGAACCCUGUAGACAGAUGCCCCCAGAAUUGGGGCAUGGGAGGGGGGCUGGGGGACCCCAUGAUUCAGCCACGGACUCCAAUGCCCAGCCCCUCUCCCCAGAACAAUCCCCUGACAGUCCAUAUCCUUAUCCCAACCCUUUGCGGCUCUGUACACAUUUUUAAACCUGGCAAAAGAUGAAGAGAAUAUUGUAAAUAUAAAAGUUUAACUGUUGGUUAUUCCUGCUAUGUUGGGGGGCAUGUGGUUCUGAAGAAACAAGCCUUGGGGAAGUGACUGGAUGAAGGAGGAGGGGGAGUGGGUGCUGGGGUAAGGUUGCCAUGGUAAUGGGGCUGUGUGGAGAGUUAAGAUCAGGACUCAUGUCUGCAGAGGUUGGAGGCUGGUGUAGUUCCAGAAGGAGGGGCAGGGGCUGAUGGGGCCAGAUGUCAAACAGGCCAGCGGGCCAGUGCGCUGGUCCAGACAGCUGGCUAUAGGAGAGGCAUGCAAGGUGAAGGGUUUUGCCUCUGCUGAGGCCUGGGCUCAGACUAGAGGGUCAGCCACAGGCCCAGGACUCUGAAUAGCCCCUUAGCACAUUGUGAGGGAGAGCCCCAGUGCCAUUGUGACCUGCCUACACACUCUGGGACAGGCAGGCGGGCUGGUGGCCACUGUGGGCACAGUGGGGUGGGGGCCUGAGGGCCCCGGUGGCCCUAGGGACCCCAUGGCCAUGGCUGAGCGGCCUCGGCCUGGGUGGGCCUCAUAUCACAACCCCAACACCAACAAUUGCCAGGACCUGGGCAAUUCCAUCCUGUUGCUGCUGGGCCUCAUCAUCUGCAUUAACAUUGGCAUCAAUAUGGUGACCCUGCUCUGGAGCCGACUCCGUGGCGUCUUACACAAAGUGUUCCAUCGUAUCAUUUGUGAGAAAGAAGCUCCUAGGUCAGGCUCAGCUGGGAAGCAGAUCCAGCCCUCGAAGAAGCAGAGCUCCCCUGCAGUCCAUCUUCGAUGCACCAUGGACCCUGUGAAAAUGACCGUGACCCCCCCUCCCACUCACCGCCAUCGCCAUCGAGGCUCUCUGACACGCCGUGCCCACCGCCCAGUCGCUUGGGCCCCUGACACUGAUGAUGAGAAGACCCAACAUCAGUACCCAGCAAUCUACUCCUACCACUGGGUUAGCCCCGAGGACUGGGAAAGCUUCCAGCCCACUGUUCCCUGGACUCAGGACACUCCAGAGGUGUCUCCCCAGACCAUCCGCUUCCAGCCGAUGGCAGAAGAAAGGCCCCUGAAAACAGAGAUCAGGUCAGAGCUGGGUCUAGAGGCCUAUGUGUACCCUGUGAACCCCUCACCUCCCAACCCUGAGGCCACCUGCCACAAGAACAGCGGGGCAGUGGCAGAGGUGGAGGCUCAGUGCCAACCUUCCCCCCUACCUGUCCUGGGCCCAGCAAUCGUCCCCGAAUUCCCCCAGCGCCGCUCUUCAGGCCGAAUAGUGUAUGAUGCCCGGGACGUGAGGCGGCGACUUCGGGAACUGACUCAGGAGGUGGAAGCCCUGUCCCACUGUUACCCACUGGCCUCCGGAUCUAGCACUGUUGAGGGGACAGGGAAGGAGUGGGUGUACCGUUCUCUGAAUGGGAGGUGACUAGGAAAAAAUAAAAAGGAGAGAGGAGGUGGU